AUGACUGCUACUCCACAAGAGGACCACCCGUCCCCUCUCCGCCUCUACAUCUCCUCUCUCCCGCCCGCUCUCGCGCACGAUCCCUCAGACCUGAUCUCCCGCCUCUCCCUCUUCGGCACCCCGCUCACGCCGCUCUCCGUGCACAAGAAACCCGCGGCCUUGAGCAGUUUCGCGUUCGUCACGGUCGAGAUGUCAAAGACGCAGUAUGUCGCGCUCAGGAAGUCGUUGAACGGGGUGAAGUAUAAAGGUGGGGUGAUCAAGAUCGAUAUUGCGCGCGCGCCGAGUUUCGAGGAACGCCAGAAAAUACUGCGUGAACAGCACGACGACGACGACGAGGAACGAAAGAAAGAGCAGAUCAACAUCGCGCGAAAAGAAUCUCUAACGCGCAGAAAACACCUCUCCGCGCUCGAGAAACUGAUGCACCACAUCCGCCGCUCGCGGUACCAAUUCGGCAAGCUCGAGCACGGCGGCCGCAUGCGCGACAAUCCGCGCGACUUCCGCAAGAACCCGCCGACGUUCCGCGUCAAGAUCGGGGGCAAGUCGAAGGUUGUAAAGUGCAAGAAGCAAAAGCUGUGGGGUGCGGCUAAGGUCGGGGAUUUGAAUGAGUUUGUGUGGAGGUUUGAUGAGGAGGGGGAGAGGGUGGUGAGAGAUGGGAAGGUGUUGGUUGGGCGGUGGUUGAAUGGGUAUGGCGACACCGUUGAGGUUUUUAGGCGGGAGAUUAUUCAGAUUGACGACUUUGAGAAGUUGAAGGCGGAAUUCGACUUUGGCGAAGCAGCGGCGUCGCUUACGAAGGACUAUAACUUUGAAGUCGUGCGCUCGACUGCGGCAGAGGGAAAGGAGGAGACAGAGGAGGAGAAGCAGCAGAGGGUUGAGAGGGAGAAGAGUCUGAAGAUUUUGCAGGAUAUGUUUGGUGGGGCCAAUUCUGACGGGGAUGAUGAUGCAACUGCGACGAGGAAGCUUGAGGACGAGGACUCGGACGACGACGAUGCGAUUUACCAGAUCAUCAACGCAGCGAAACCCAAACAGGAACUUGAAACAGAAGAGAUCGAGGAGGAAACCACAGAAAAAGACGAAAAAGUUGUCGAGAUGGAUGACGAUGAGCCCGAGGUUGAUGCUAUGGAUGUUGAAGAAGAAAAAGUACAGAGCGAGGCAGAGUCGGAAGAUGCCGAAUCUGAAGACAGCGGUCUAUUUGACGGCAUCGAAAUCACAGCCGCCGAAGAACAAACGCCAGAAGUCGCAUCAGAACCAGGAUCAGAAUCAGAAUCCGACGACAGCGGACUAUUUGACGGUAUCGAGAUUCCUGACGCUAACGCGGAUGACGAUGAAGAUGCAAGUGAUUCAGAUGGAUCGUUGGCUGGGAAGCCGUAUAUGCCGUUUUAUGGCUUACGAGGCGGCGCUGCUGAUUACUCUGAGUCGUCAUCGUCUGAGGACUCAGAUCAGGAGGAGGACGAGUCGGAUGAGGAAGAGUCUUCCGUUAACAACGAUUCACGGAAAGAAGAAGAUACAAACUCUGAUAGCUCGGAGUCUGUAUCGUCCUCGAGCGACGACGAUUCUGAAUCGGAAGAGAAAAGCUCGGCUGACUCUGACGAUUCAAGUGACGAGGAGUCAUCUUCGUCGUCGUCUGAGAGUGACGAAGAGUCAAGUAGCGAAGAUGAAGAGGAGGAUAAGUCGAGACAGAAGAUGGAGAUUGAUAACGCUGCGUCUGAUAGUAGCGAGCACGAGGCCACGUCUUCUUCUCCCUCAUCUUCUGGCUCUGAAUCAGGUUCUGAUUCGGACUCGGUUUCAGAUUCUAAGGUAACGACGAAAAAGAAGGUGCAAAAAGAGGAUAAGCCGAAGAAGACGGUGGUGACAGAACGGCUGCGAUCGAUUUUUAAAGAGAAUGAGGAAUCGUCUGCUUCGUUUUCGCUAUUUGGCGGUAACGAGUCUGACUCUGACGACGACGUUGGAGCUGUUGACGACGACCGGGAUACGAACGAAGCCGAGGACAACAUACCACAAGAGCACUACGACGACGACGACGACGACGACGACGAUGAAGAGGCAGCCGCCCCCGUCAUCACAAGCCGAAAACGCACGCAAUUCGACGCCCUCCCGCUCUUCUUCCCGCACCCCGAAUCCGCCUUCCUCGACGCGCAGAGCCAGUUCAACAAGAUCCCCGACCGGCUGCCGCUGGCUCGCGAGCAGUGGAAAGAGGAGUUUUACGAGAAUAGAGGGGAGUGGACGCGGAAGGCAAAGAGGCGGAGACGCGAUGCGGUCAGGUCGAGGAGGAAGAUGGAGGGUGGGAGGAAGAGGCAGGGAAGGGGGGAGGGUGAGGAGGGGUUGUGA